ACCGCUUUAUUCUGUGAAAGACGACAUAUAGGUCAUUCGCUAUUUUUUAACGGAUUUUUCCUAAUAAUGACUUUUGAUUCCGGAAUAAGUGAUGCUCCAGCGGUGAUUUGGAUAGCUGCGGUUCCACAUUAUCAUCAGGACCCAACGAUAAACUGGUAUUUUGCUGAAGCGCAUCAGUUGUACCAACAGAACCGAAUAGGUGAACUUGUUAGACAUGUGUAUGAAAGUUGGUUUCAGUUGAAAAAAGAAAAUUACGAUUGGGUUACCGUGUUUAAGGAAGAUAUAACAGACCAUCUGAAUCUAGAAGAGUUUGAUAGGGUUUUUGAUUUGAAGUGGUAUCUCUUGAAAAGCAACGAUGAUGUAUCCAUGUUAUUAUCCAUUAUGGACGAGAUCCUGAAUAAAUUUUCAUGAUGGGAUGUCAGCUAACAUAGGAAAUCGGCUUGGAAAUCACUGGCAGUCACCAGUAUUUGGUCAAAUCGUUUCCUACAAACACGUGGGCUACCAUGUCAUAAUCUUUGAGAAAACUAUACAAAGCGGCAUCACAUUUGAAAUUUAGCUUCUAUGAUAGAUCCCUCAUACCAAAUCAUAGGGACUUUUCAUAUUUCGGCUAAAC